UUAGUUUAGCCACUCCCUUUCAAUCGGUAAGGCAGAUGCUAACGUUACAUGCCCUUUGUAUCCGAGAAAGCAUGUAUUAAGAGGGUUUUCUCAGAUUCAACCUGGGAGACUAGGCUUACUCGUGUGCAGGGAAAGAUCCACAACUGCAAAGGAAAAGAGGCGGAAACGUCUCAUUCUGUCCAUCUGGUUUACUCCGGUGAGAGGGAAAGGCGAAAGCUACAUUCACAGGAUGAACCGGAUAACGGGAAAGAAGAAGGAUGAAACGUUAAUAGAGAUGCAAAACACGACUGAAUAUCCAAGUGGGGGAGAAGACAAUGAUCUCAGCCUGAACUCCAUAUCAGUUAAAGGACCUGAGCAUUCGGAACCGUCCACGACUGAUCCUGCCGCGGAGAUCUCGCCCCUCCUGUGCGGCCUCCCAGGGAAUAACACAGCAAGAGGGAGCAGAGACUGUGUGUUCUUCAGGGAUGGGGUGCGGAGGAUUGACUUCGUCUUGGCUUACGUUGACGACAAGAAUGACGAGAAGAAGCAGGAGAGGAGGAAGGAGUAUGAGGCCAAUCUGAUAAAGGCCGGGCUGGAGCUGGAAACCGAAGAUAAGUCGGAAUCGGAAGACAUGAAGACGUACUUCCUGAAGGUCCACGCUCCCUGGGAGGUGCUCGCCACCUACGCCGAUGUGCUGAAGAUCAAGGUCCCCUUCAAGGUCAACGACAUCCAAGGCACCCGAGAGACUCCGCUGGAGUGGCUCUUCAGGCCCUUCCAGCUCCCCGAACACAUCAUGAACCCGGAGCCCGAUUUCUUCACCGCCCCCUUCAACAAGGACAAGAUCGACUUCUUCCUCAUCAGCGACAAGGAGACCCUCUUCCCCCCAUCCACUCGCAACAGGAUUGUGUACUACAUCCUCUCCAGAUGCCCGUACUACAGGGAGGAUCACAAGGACCGGGACAAGAAGGGCAUCAAGCGCCUGCUGAACAACGGCACUUACCAGUCAGCCUUCCCGCUGCAUGACAGUCGUUACUGGAUGAGGUCCAGGAACCCGAAAUGUGAGAGUGAACGGUACAACCUGUACAAGUACUGGGCUCGGAUUGGCUGCUUCUACAAAGAGCAGCCGCUCAACCUCAUUCGGAAGUACUAUGGGGAGAAGAUCGGGAUCUACUUUGCCUGGCUGGGCUUCUACACGGAGAUGCUGUUCUUCGCCGCCGUGGUGGGCCUGAUCUGUUUCAUCGCCGGCGUGGUCACCUACGACGACAACACCUGGAGCAAGGAAAUCUGCGACCCCAGCAUCGGGGGCAAGAUUGUGAUGUGUCCACUGUGCGAUAAGAAGUGUGGCUUCUGGAAGCUGAACUCUACCUGCACUGCCUCAUGGCAAUCACAUCUGUUUGACAACGUUGGGACGGUGUUCUUUGCCAUAUUUAUGGGGAUAUGGGUGACUCUGUUCCUGGAGUUCUGGAAGCGGAGGCAGGCCCGGCUGGAGUACGAGUGGGACCUGGUGGACUUCGAGGAAGAGCAGCAGCAGUUACAGCUGAGGCCCGAGUACGAGACCAAAUGCUCCGGCCGCCGGCUGAACCGCAUCACCCAGGAAAUGGAGCCGUACUUAUCAGUGACAAGCAAGUGUGCACGAUGCUGCCUGUCUGGAGCUACAGUCAUAUUCUGGAUUGCCCUGAUCUGCGCCUGCAUCACCGGCGUGAUCGCGUACCGGCUGGCGGUCUACGCGGCCUUCGCCAGCAUCAUGAAGGACAGCCCCACCAGCAAGCUGCAGCUAGUGGGCUCCCUCAUCACGCCUCAGCUCGCCACCUCUGUCACCGCCUCAUGCAUCAACUUCGUCAUCAUCAUGAUCCUCAACUUCAUGUACGAGCGCGUGGCCAUCUGGAUCACCGACAUGGAAAUUCCCAAGACUCACCUGGAGUACGAGAACAGGUUGACCACGAAGAUGUUCCUCUUCCAGUUCGCCAACUACUACUCCUCGUGUUUCUAUGUGGCCUUCUUCAAGGGCAAGUUUGUGGGCUACCCUGGAGACUACAACUACAUGUUCGGCAAGCUGAGGAACGAAGAGUGUGACCCCGGCGGCUGCCUCAUCGAGCUGACCACGCAGCUGGUGAUCGUCAUGGUGGGGAAGCAGGUGUGGGGGAACAUCCAGGAGGCGCUGGUGCCGUGGAUGUGUAACUGGUGGGGCAGCAGGAAGGGCCGCCACCCCUCAGACAGAACCGUCUACAGCAGCUGGGAGCAGGACCAUGACCUGCAGAACUUCAGCCAGAUCGGCCUGUUCUACGAGUACCUGGAGAUGGUGAUCCAGUUUGGCUUCAUCACACUCUUUGUGGCCUCCUUCCCGCUGGCCCCCUUGCUGGCGCUGUGUAAUAACAUCCUGGAGGUGCGUGUGGAUGCCUGGAAGCUCACCACCCAGUUCCGCCGGCCCAUGGCUUCCAAGGCCAGAAGCAUCGGAGCCUGGCUGGAGAUCCUCAAUGGAGUGGCUGUCCUCUCUGUCAUCACCAACGCCUUCAUCGUGUCGUUCACCUCGGACAUGAUCCCGCGGCUGGUCUACCUGUACGUCUACCAACCCAACAAGACGCUCACCAUGGAGGGCUACAUCAGCAACAGCCUGUCGGUCUUCAACAUCUCAGAGAUGGGCUUGGACCACCAGCCCGAGGAAGGGGAGAACCCUGUCUGGUUCAACAGCUCGUUGAUAAGCGCCUGCAGGUACCGUGACUACCGCUACCCUCCCGGCCAUGAGAAGCAGUACACCCACACCAUGCAGUUCUGGCACAUUCUCGCGGCCAAGCUGGCCUUCAUCAUCAUCAUGGAGCACGUGGUGUUCGGGGUGAAGGUGUUCGUGGCGUGGCUGAUCCCCGAUGUUCCCUCGGAGGUGAAGGCCCGGGUCAAACGGGAGCGCUACCUGGUGCAGGAGUACCUGCACAACUACGAAGUGGAGAAGCUGAAAGUGGAGCUCAGCCAGCUCAAUGGCUACCACAGCCCUGAGCACACCACGGGCGUCUGCUCCCUGCCCGAAACCACAGAGGUCUUACGCGAGUGCCUGUAACCCUCUGCCCUGGUCCCCCUGCCCCGGUCCCCCUACCCCGGUCCCCCUGCCCCGGUCCCCCUGCCCCGGUCCCCCUGCCGUGGUCCCCUUGCCCCAGGCCCCCUGCCCCGGUCCCCCUGGCCCGGUCCACCCACCCGCCCUGGAGCAGGGGUAGGGCAUGCUUCCGUCUCCACUCCUGGCUCGCGCUCCCUAAAGGCUGCAAAGGAAGGAUUUACGGAGAAUGCAGUCAGAAAUGGCUCCCGGCUUUUGGUUUCCUCCUUUUCUCAUUUGUAGCUGCAACCUGAGGCCUUCGUAUCCCAAAGACUUGUCCAUCAGCACCAUGUCCUCCCCCCGUUGGCAGUUCACACAUUCACUCUGGCAUUCAGCUGCCGGAACAGGGCUCCCUGACCUAAAAUAGAUGAAGACUAUUGGUCAUGUCUCAUUGCGUGUGUCCAUGCAUUGAUCCAAUGUGCUGUUUUUCAGGGGAUGCUGGGUGGCUGCUGUGUGCUGUCGGGGCCAUUGGCCAUUCCACAUUCUGAGAAAGAGCGGGGAUGUGUGGGAAUAGACGAAGAGCCAAUACGCCCUUCAGGUUUUUUACCCAACACCCCUCUUUCCCUCACACGCUCUUUCCGUGCUGUGAGAGGCCAGGAGGAGGCAGCUGAAAUGAGCCCCAAUUUCCAAUAAGGAGGCUGUUUUUCCGUAAGGUCCCUCUUUAAGCAGCACCAAAAAUGAAUGAGCUAAGUGCCGGCCACAGUUAUAAAUAUUUAUUUGUGUAAGGAAGUAUCAUGCAUGAGUUUAGCUGUUGAUUUGAUGUAUGCAAAUUUGUCCGGUUCCAGUUAUGGUAAAGGUCAGAGACCAUAUCAGAUAUAAAUAUCAGUGUGUACUGUUUUUGUCUAAAGGAAUAUGGAGAUUUAUCGAGAAAAAUAUCGUUGAUGGGAUUUAAUGUUUUCAGUUGUGGUGAAUUAUAGAAGGCUCUUAUCAGUGAAAGUUCAAGUUCAGGUGCAUUAUGCCGUUGUCUAUGUGUGGAAAGCCGUUAUUUAACUGUAACAGUACAAGCAUGGGAGCCAUGGAAUCCGGCAGGGAGAUAGCUAUGACACUGUAGCCAUUGUUCUAUACAGCCAAAACAGUGCAAGUGCAUUCUGUCAAAUCCCAUAUGUGAACUAUCCGUGACCUCCGGCUUAGAAAGUAUGAAGUGUGAUUUACUGUGAAAUGCAGUGGAAAAAAUCUGAAGCUGAAGAAAUUGUAAUUCUGUUUUUGCUUAGCCAAAGCUUUUUCCCCCGCCUACAACAGGAGUGAAGUCAAGCCACACUCUUCCAGUGAAGACUUCCCUGUCAAUUCCAUUCACUUACCUGUUAUUAUAACAGUGAAAGUAUUAUCUUCGUCUUUAUGUUUAGAUUCAUUCAUUUCAUGAUUGUCUUUCACAAAUGUAAAAGAAUCACAAUGCAAUGCGUCCACUGUGCCUUGACCACAUACCUGGUGCAUAACAGUCAGGUCUUUGCAGGGCUCAAAGCAGGAUCUGAUUUUGAGGUCCCCCUCAUGGUCAACAGUGGAGAUCAGACGGAAGCCGCAAUUUUCUGAAUAUGAUUCUCCUGAGUCUCCUUACUGUAGCUGGAGUGGAGCCUUGCGCCUGCUGCAUACUCUACACAAGAAACGCGCGCUACAAGAAAUUCCUAAUUUCCAAAUAUACGUGCAAAAUAUAUCUCACGUUCUUGCAUAGAAAAAUGUGUAGUCCAAAUGUUGUGGUUACGUGCGGUGCAAUCCUGUGCGUUUAAUGUAAACACUGUGAAAUGAACAGCUACAAAUGAAGAAGUACUCAUUUCUGAUGUCAACUGCUUUGAGAGAUGAGAUUAGCCUGAACGUGGGUAUGGUGCGCCUAUGCGCUGGUUCUGUGUUGGUGUUUGCGUUCCUUGCGUGUAGUAUGACCCAGGCAUUACUCUGUAGAAAAUGAACAGUGGCCUUUUCACUUCCUAGUAUGCACCAGUUUCAAUUCUGGACUCAAUUAUGGACCCACGUUACACUACAUUAGGUUUUGUGGGUGCUCUUAUCUAGACUCAAAUGCAAUGUAGGAGAAUCCAGGUUCGUUUUCGUUAAAAAGCAGGCUUAUUAUUUUAUUGUUUUGAUGUGUUCAUUCUGUAAGGGCCAAUCCAUUUGCACCCCCAACACACGACAGUGUUGGGUGUUGACCAUUUCAGAAGUGAGCGUUUGCAGUGUGCCACUUCAGUGAAUUCAGCCAUCAGGGUGUGAGAGCAGUGACUAAAAUAUUUCUUCAUGUGCCUAUAUCUACCUAAGUGUUAUGAAAGACUCAUUUUAUCUUAAGGGCCAGUUAUGUCAUACAAAGUAUUUCAGUGUUUCUUUUUUUAUUUGUCUUUUUGUUUGCCAUCCAUGGGAUGCCACUGCACUUAGAAAUUGGACUUGCACUCUUCAAAUUAAGUUCUUGAAGUAAUUUCGCCAUAUUAUCAGUGUUUGGAAACAGUCAUGUAUCUGAAAUGUUUAAAUAGAGGAAAUAAAGCUAUUUUCUCCCCGGAAGAUUGUGUAUAUUUUAAACCCUUAUCCAUGUAGGUUUAGUUGCCAUAUUGGUCAUGCACAAUUCAAGAUAUUUCAGUUCAUCAGUCAUAAAAAUGUUCUGGAUUUAUAGCCCAAUUGUUUUUAAAAUAUGGCUUUUUUUUGUUUUUGCGAUAAUUACCUAUUUAUUUUCAUUGUUAAUUUAUGUGGAUAUGUACUCUUAAUUUUUUUUUAUUAGAAGAAAGCUAUUUUGUUAUUUUGCUUAGGCAGGUCUCAUCCUUUGGCUUUUGUCUCAGUCACUAAGCAGACAUUACAGUAACGUAGCAAGAUAAGCACUCAUUUUCUGUGCAAACUCAUGAAUAUGUUUGCUAUAUAAAGACCUGAUAAUUGAACUCUUGUAUACACUAAACACAGCUAUGUUGCAGCUCUGUACAAUUCUGUUAUCCUUUUUACACGUUCUCUUGUAACUCUUGUUGUGUUGAUAUACACUCAGUGACCACUUUAUUAGGUAUUUAUUAGACAUUUUUUAGACUUAAGUCUUCUGCUGCUGUAGCCUAUUCACUUAGAGGUUUGAUGCAUUGUGUGUUGAGAGAUGCUCUUCUGCAUACCACUGUUGUGAUGUGUGGUUAUCUGCAUUACUUUCACCGUCCUGUCAGCUUUGACCAGUCUGGCCCUUCUCCUCUGACGUCUCUCAUUAACGAAGCAUUUUUGCCCGUGGAACUGCUGCUCACUGGAUGUUUUUUUGUUUUUGCACCAUUCUCUGUAGAGACUUUUGUGCAUGAAAAUCCAUGGAGAUCAGCGGUUUCUGAGAUACUCAAACCACCCUGUCUGCCACCAACAAUCAUUCCACGGUCACCUAGAUCACAUCUCUUCCCCAUUCUGACAUUUGGUCUGAAACAGCUGAACCUCUUGACCAUGCUUGUAUGCAUUUAGUUGCUGCCACAUGAUUGGCUGAUUUAAUAUUUGCAUUAACAAGCUGGUGUACAUGUCUACCUAAGUGGUCACUGAGCAUAUAUAUAUAUGUAUAUAUAUAUAUAUAUAGCAUUCCAUAAUGUUUGGGACAAAGACCCAUUAUGUCUUGAUUUGCCGCAAUUUUUUAUUUGGAAUCACACAACAUGUGGUUGAAGUGCACAUUGUCAGUUUUUAGUAAAGGGUAUUUUUAUACAUUUUGGUUCCACCCUGUAGAAAUUGCGGCGUUGUUUAUACAUAGUUCCCCUAUUUUAGGGCACCAUAAUGUUUGGGACUUAUGGCUUCACGGGUGUUUGUAAUUGCUCAGAUGCAUUUAAUUUCCUCCUUAAUGCAGGUAUAAGAGAGCUGGCAGUGCCUUGUCUUUCCUCUAGUCUUUGAAUUAGAUUUUGAAACUUGCUGUUUAUCAACAUGAGGACCAAUGUUGUGAAAGUGAAAGUCAAAGAACCUGUUAUGAGACUGAGAAACAAGAAUAAAAUGGUUAGAGGCAUCGACCAAAUUCUUAGGCUUACCUAAUCAACUGUUUGAAACAAUAAUAACAGAGCGCUGGUGAAAUUACUAAUCGCAAAGGGACUGGUAGGCCAAGGAAGACCUCCACAGCUGAUGACUGAAGAAUUCUUUCAGUAAUAAAGGAAAAUCCCCUAACGCCUGUCCAACAGAUCAGACUCUUCAGGAGUCAGGUGUGGAUCUGUCAAUGACCGCUGUCCACAGAAGCCUUCAAGAAAUUAAAUGCAGAGGCUGCUCUGCAAGCAAACCACUGGUUAGCCGCAAAAAAACAGGAUGGCCAGGUUACAGUUUGCAAAAAGUACUUAAAAGUGCAACCGCAGUUCUGGAAAAAGAUAUUUUGGACAGAUGAGACAAAGAUUAAAUUAUAUCAGUGAUGGCAAGAGCAAACUAUGGAGGAGAGAAGGAACUGCCCAAGAUCCACCUCAUCUGUGAAACAUGGUGGUGGGGGUGUUAUGGCCUGGGCACAUAUGGCUGCUGAAGGUGGGGGUGUUAUGGCCUGGGCACGUAUGGCUGCUGAAGGUAUUGGCUCACUUAUCUUCAUUGAUGAUAUUACUGCUGAUGGUUUAUUAAUUAAUUAAUUCUGAAGUGUGUAGACACAUCUUAUCUGCUCAAGUUAUCUGCUCAAGUUCAAGCAAAUGCCUCACAACUCAUUGGCCGGUGGUCAUUCUACAGCAAGGCAAUGAUCCCAAACAUACUGCUAAAGCAACAAAAGAGUUUGAUGUAUUAACACUGCUGUAAUUUCUACAUGAUGAAACCAAAAUGUAUGAAGAAUACCCUUUAUUGAAAUCUGACAAUGUGCACUUCAACCACAUGUGAUUUAAAAAAAAAAUUUUUAUUACAAAUCUCAAAUUGUACAGAGGCAAAUAAAUAAAUGGGUUUUUGUCCCAAACAUUAUGGAGUGCACUGUACAGCAUGUCAAAAUUACUUAUCCUUAUUGUUUUAUUUUACUUUUAUUGUGGCGUAUGGCAAUGUUGUUCAUUACUUUGAAAGUGUCUGUAAUUUUUAAGUAAAAAAAAAUUAUGGGUUGACACUUCACAGGGCUAUGAAAGUAUUUGCCUCUGUCCUGAUUUCCUCUAUUAUUGCAUAUUUAUAACACUGAAUGGUGAUCUUUAGACAAAAUGUAAUAUUAGACAAAGGGAAUCUGAGUAAACGCACAAAAAAAACCUUAAAAAAAUUAUUUGAUUUAUUUAAUGGAAAAAUAUUUUUAAACACCCUUAUCACCCAUGUGAAAAAGUAAUUUCCCCCUUAAACUUAACUAGUUUCAGCACCUUAAGCAGCAAUAAUUGCAACCAAACCCUUCCUGUAUUUAUAGUUAUUUUAGCCCACUCUUCUUUCCAGAACUGCUUUAAUUCAGAUAAAUUGGAGGGUUUUCAAGCUUGAACUGCUUGUUUUGGGUCCUGCCUCAGCCUCUGUAGUGGGUUGAAGUCCACCCUGUCAUUUUGUUUCUUUUCAGCCAUUCAGAAAAUCGACUUUUGUGUUUUGGAUCAUUGUCUCGCUGCAUAACCCAAUUACGCGUACGCCUCAGCUUCAGCUCAUGGGCCGAUAGCUGGACGUUCUGAAGAGACGGCAAAGCAUCCCCACACCGUCAAACUACCACCACCGUGCCUGACUGUUGGUAUGAUGCUGUUAAUGCUGCAUUUCCUGAACGCAAGACCUAAUGGGACCCGUGCCAUCCAGAAAGUUCCCAGUUUUGGCUCAUCUUGGGGUUGGCUUAGGGAUCAUCCAGGUUUUUUUUGCAGGUGUGAGAUGAGCGAUGUUGUUUCUCUUGGUGAGCAGUGGGUUCCGCCUUGCCUCUCUCCCAUGAAACCCCCCCCCCCCAUGGAAACUGACCUCAGCUUAAGCGAGCGAGGCCAGAAGUUCUUUGGAUGUGCUUUUGGGAUCUUUUGGGGCCGGCCAUUCCUCAGAUUCUCCACUCACCAUGGAUUGAUAGAGUACCCAGAGCCAUAGAAAUGGCUUUGUAACCCUUUCUGCACUGAUAUUUCACAUUUUCUUCCUAAUCUCUUCUGGAAUUUAAUUUGAUCGUGGCGUCGUAUGCUUGUAGAAACCUAGCGGUGACUAUCAGUGAUGUUUAGAUUCAACAGGGCUGGUGUUCAAUCAUCUCAAUGUAAUUAACAAUUAAAUGUCAUUUGUUGAUUUAAUAAUUACUUUUUUCCCCUCAGUUUCUGAAGCCAUCCAGUGUCAAAAAUAUGCAGUAAUAGAGGAAAUCAGGAAAGGGGCUAAUUCAUUUUCACAACACUGUCACUUUUUUUUUUUUUUUUUUGUAUAUUGAGCCUUGCAUAAUAUGUCCUAUAAUUCAUAUGACUGUGUUUUCUUUUUUUACGGCCAAACUGUAUAAAUCUCAAAUUACUUUCAACCAUGUAUGGAAUGCAACACGUCUGAAGUGAAUAAAUGAUGAUAUCCAGAAGAAAAUGAAAAGAUA